CCAAUCGGAAAAGUACAUGCAGGAGUGGUUGCAGGAGAAUCCCGUCACCCCGAAGAAAUCAGCCGAAGAAUGAUACGUAAAAGUACAAAAUCGCGGUGGCACUCCAGCAUGACCGCAGCCGCAUGGCUGAAUGAAUGUAAGAUGGUUUCAUGGUGUAAUGGUUAGCACUCUGGACUUUGAAUCCAGCGACCGAAGUUCAAAUUUAGAGAAGGAUUCAUCAGAUAUUCAAGCUCCAGUUAGAUCCUCGGGACCCAGACCUAUAUACUGGUUGAACCAUCCAGCAUCGAUGCAACAGAAAGAGAAAUGCAUCGGAAUGGAGUAUCAGUGGGCACCAGGUUGUAACCUGCGCGAUGAAAGACUUGGAGAACCAAUACAACAAGCUACUAAGAAAAACAGCAAAGCAAGAAUACAAUCAGCAUGUGUGUAUUUUAAUUGCCCCACUUCUAUGUUUUUCGCAGUGCUCUACGAAUAACAUAGGGGUCUUUCCGGGAGCGGUUUGUGAGAAUUGAAAAGACGGCGGACGAAUUGCCAUGUUUAAUAAAAUCAAGUUGUUUUUAAA